AUGGGCAAUGUCACGGGAACAGUGGCUGCAAAGUUCGCGUUUUUCCCGCCAGAGCCUCCGACUUACGACGUUUGCCAAGAGGGGGAUGGGAGGGUGGUGUUGUCGGGUGUCACCGCCGACAAAAAUGUCGACGUUCACAUUCUCGACACCAAGGGUGGCAACAAGAUCGUUGCCACCUUCUGGAAACACCCUUUUGCCCGCUUCACUUUCUUGUACUCUCACGGAAAUGCCGCUGACUUGGGUCAGAUGCACGACCUCUUCAUUGAGCUCAGAGCUCACCUCCGUGUCAACAUCAUGAGCUAUGACUAUUCAGGAUAUGGAGCAUCUACAGGUAAGCCAUCGGAGUUCAACACGUAUUACGACAUAGAGGCUGUAUAUAAUUGUUUGAAGAGCGAGUAUGGAAUUAAGCAAGACGAAUUGAUUUUGUACGGUCAAUCGGUUGGAAGUGGACCUACACUGCACUUGGCUUCUAAGUUGCAGAAAUUGAGAGGUGUUGUUCUUCACAGUGCCAUCCUUUCGGGGAUAAGGGUCUUGUACCCUGUCAAGAUGACAUUUUGGUUUGACAUAUUUAAAAAUAUAGACAAAAUUCGACAUGUCAACUGUCCAGUUUUUGUUAUACAUGGAACAAAUGAUGAUAUUGUUGAUUGGUCUCACGGCAAGCGAUUAUGGGAACUCUCCAAGGAAAAAUAUGAUCCCUUGUGGGUAAAGGGUGGUGGUCAUUGCAACCUUGAAACAUUCCCGGAGUAUAUCAAAUACUUGCGCAAGUUCAUUAAUGCAAUGGAGAAACUCGCACUCACAAAACAGUCAAGCAAACAACUCUCUCAGAAUCCUAGUAUUACUGAAUCCAGACAUAACAAAUGCUUAAGAUUUGGCAAAAAGUAG